GCAUCUCCCUCCGUUCUCCCCUGCGCUGCCGCCCCCGAAUUCUCUUCCGGAGCUUCCCUACCUGCUACCGCCGCCUCCUCCUCCUCCUUUCCUCUCUGGAGGAAUCUUUGAUGGAAAGACCUGCGGAGGAAAUCGUAUCAGCGUCGUUGAAGAAGCUUGCUUUGAUUUCCACCUCCUUGAAUCCCAAUUCUUCUCGUUCCAUUCCAACCCUUCAACCUUCCAGAUUUCGUAGACAGAAGGGAAGGCCUCCAAGCUUGGCGAGCUUGUGUCUGGGAGUUCUGGGCAGGCAUCUGGAUGAUGUAAUUGGAGAGUUGAGUGAGAUAUCUGUCGGCUUUCCCGCUCAUAUUAAGCUUGCAAUUGUAGCGAUUGCCCGGCGACGGAAAUUGUUGAAUGAUGAUGUGAUCGUUUCGUUAGCCGACAGUUCCUGGGAAAUUCUUGACAUUUCCGGGUCAGAUGUUACUGAUGUCGGUUUGGCUGAAGUUUCGAUAAUAUGCAGCCAAAUCACGGCUGUGGAUAUAAGCCGAUGCAGUCAGAUUACCCGUUCUGGUGUGGCUGAACUCGUACAGCACUGCAAGUCGUUGCAGACAUUGAGAUGCGGAGGAUGCCCAAGGAGCAAUUACACUGCACGUCGUAGCUUGGGUGUAUUGAAGCCAAAACUGAUUGAUCUGGAAGGAGAUUCUUGGGAGGAACUUGAUGCUGCAGAAAUUGCUCAUGGUGCUGAAUCCCUUCGGUGGCUUAUUUGGCCAAUGAUUGAUAAAAAUUCGCAAGAAACUCUAGCUGCUGAAUGCCCACGCAUCAUAGUCAAUCCCAAGCCAUCACCUUUGGGUUUCCGUGGACUCGAGGUCCCCCUUGAAGCAUGUGCAGACAUUCCAUUGGACAAUUCAGUUGUGAAGGAUAUUAAUCCGACCACUUGGGCUGUAGGUGGUUUUGUGCCGAGAUCUGUGUCACCAAGUGUUUCAGAGAACACCGAGAUUGAGCUGUCGAUGGCCGAAAGAUUCAGACUUGCAUUUGUCGAAAGAGACACAAGGUUGGCCCCCAAGCGAGCAAAGAAUGCCAGGCAGCAUCAGCGUCGUGCUGAGCGGGAGAUGUUGAUGAGUAGCACGAACGCCAAGGCUAUAGCUCUUGCCUCCAGAGCUACCAAAUCAUUCCAUGGUAAAACCUAAAAGCAAAACAGCUGCGACACAAACGUAGCAUCAGAUUGUUGUAUUUUUGGCUUGGAAGUUCUGUAACUGGCGUAUAUAGUUCUGUAAUAUAUCAAAAUUGAGCUGAUAAGCGUUUGCUUUCGGCAGUCAGCAUGUGAAUUGAGAAGAUUUGCAUCAAGCGUUUUAUAUGGUCACCUUGAAAAUUUCCAGCAAAUUGAGUGUACUUCUAGCUUUUUCUUUCAUGAGCUAAUUGCUUUGCAAGAUGAAAUGGUUCAUCUGCCGGCAAUUGAUGAUACUAUGCUUACAGGUAUGUGACAUUCAGAUGAUGUCAAAGUUUAUGAAAUACUGGGCGAAUGUUGUGUUAUGGAAAACGUUUCACAAAAGUAUGUUUCUUGCCACACAAGUCAUAUAUAGAAAUCGACACAUGUAUAAACAACGCCCGAGCCAAUAGAAUUCAUUAUUUCUCCUUAAGGAAUUUAGUUCCCCUCUACGGUACCCAAAGUUAUUGGAACUAUUCCUCCCAGGAUAGAACGGACGUACCUUUUCUGGCUGUACCGGUACUAGAAACACCAGAAUCCGACGAACGCAACGAUCGGAGAGAAGUCACACGACUCUGUUUUUCUUUAUGAGUUUGUAGAGAGGAAAUGCAAUGAAGAAUGAAAAAUUCUUUUAUCU